AUCGUGUGCAAUGCUCUCGAGCGUGGAGCGCUCGAUGCACGUCCCGUUGUGUUGUUAAAUUUUGUUUUUUGAGAGAAUUGUGCAUUAAAAAAUGUCGAAUUCCGAUUCAGAACUCGAGGAAGACGAGGAGGAAAUCCUCGUUUAUGUUGAAUUCGACAGUUGUGCUACCAAUGAUGUUUUUAGCAGUCCGAAUUUAAAAUUGGAUAUGCUUGGUUUGGAUUCUGAUCAUCCAGUUAUGCAAGUUAAUGGCAAGUUCUUCGAAGGAACGUACGAAGAUGCUGUUGGAACGUAUAUGUUUUUUGAUAAAGAUAAUAAUCCAACAAUCGAUGAUCCAGUGUUUGACAAAGUUCCAACCAUUAAGUAUUUUCAAAAGACACGUAAAGUCCUCAAAAUGCAGAGGGCUUUUGUGAUGCCAAGGUACGAAGUUUUAGGAGAUUCUGAGCAUAGCAGGAGUGUGCCUAAUAUGGAUACGAUAAAAGAAGCUGGAAUACCAAUGAAAUACCAAGAAGAAGCGCUUGAGUUUUGGAAAAAUACAAGGGAUAAAAGAAUGGAGGCAUUGCAUGAAUACCUUAGAAAGCAACAGUUCCGAAAGGAACUAAGGUCACAUGGAUUUGAACCUGAGUCUGAAUCAGACGAAGACAACCCAUUUGCCAUGUAUAAAUAUGCAGAAGAUGAGGCAGAUGUAUCCAAAUCAAGUGAAAAUAAGAAAAGUUCUGUUGAUUUGGAGUCACAAAUAAAAAAUCUGGAAAACACUUUGCAAAAGACUGAAUUAGCCAACAAAGAAGCAGAAGCAGUACCGAAAAAGUUGACUGUCAUUGAUCCAGGUCCUUCUACCUCAAAAAGUAGUCAGCCAUGGAUUGAUGAAGAAAAUGCACAAGAACAAAAAAUGUCUAAAAAAGUGAAAAGUGUAGGCAAAGUCAGAGAGAAAACAAUGAAAGGAAGGGUACAAAAAAAGUCAUGGAGAAAGAGAAAACUUAGUUCAGCGCACAAAAACUUAGAUGAAAAUUCUAUAGAGCAAUCACUACUAGAAACUUCUAUUAAUAUAGACGUUAACAAAGAUGAUACUCAUCAUCUUGACAAUGAUACAUCCAACGAAAAUGUAAAGACAACAAGAGAAAAUCGCAGAACUGAAAAACUGAAGGAAAUAGAAAAUAUCAAAUCAGAAAUGGAAGAAAUGGAAAUUGACGAAAAUGCCGAGGAAGAAAGUGGAAAGCUAUUGUCAGAAGAACUUGGAAUGGCUGAUGCCUUUAUGACGGAAAAGAAUAAAAGAAAACAGGAAAAGCGGGAAGCAAAGAUGAGAGAAAUAAGUGAAAAAUUAAAAGCACUCAGCCAGUGCCCUAGUCAACUGGACAGCUGAUAGCUCCUGUUUAUAAUGACUGUUUCGAGAGCAGUUGGAAACUCUGAAUUGUGAUAGACGUUACCGGACCAAUGGAAGACGAUCACUGGAUAGGAUCAUCGUUGACCGAUCACCAGCUGAUAUCGCUCGACAGCUCGUCCGGAUACUCGCCGGUAAGACAAGCGGUGCAAUGACCGAUGUAGCUGCUCUCGCGGUUGUCCAUUCCGUGGCGCACCGCCUGGACAAGACCCUCGACGGAAAGGUACGUCAGACUAUCAGCGCCCACGUGUUUGGCCAGCUUGACGCUGUCCAGCCGAUUGGCUAUCAGCUCCUCUCGCGUGGGAAUGUUGAUACCCAUGUAACACGGGUACUUGAGCGGCGGGGAGGCGAUUCUUAUGUGGACCUGACAUAAUUAUAAGGAUUGUUAAUAAAGUGUUAUUUUUUACAAGAAAAAA